CUAUGGUUCUUUUUAUGGCAUCAUAAGUGAUGACAUUGAAUGGGAGAGUCAGAUGGUGGUGGACCUAACACAAAGAAGACCAGAUUUAAAGUUUAUUAUCCUCAAACAUUGGAGGUUGGGCAGAUCUGAAAAUAUUAAUGAUUUAAUAGCAAGAAGCAGGAAAGUGAUCAUUGCAUUUUCACCAAAACCAUUGACUGAAUAUUCUAAGUAUGCUGCACACAGUGUUGUUGUAAAAAUGCUGGAAGCAAAAAUACUUGAUGAUGCUAAGAUAAUACCAGUCAAAAUUUCAGAAGAUUUUGUUGUACCUCCUAUGUUUGAAUCAUUUACUGUCAUCAGUGCCAGUGAAGAAGAUUUUGUUGACAAAGUUCUGCAAGAUAUAGUUGAGUGUGAGGAGACAGAAAGUGUCACACCUGAUGUGCCAUCCCUUAUAGCCCUUGAAGGAACAUCUGAAGAACUGUUAAGCGAUGAACACAAGACACAGCUAGUGGGAAGAAGUGAAAGAUGUAUCAAGCAAAAGAAACAGGCUCCAGGAAUAAUAAUGGAUAAGCCAUCAUCCAGUCAAGAAAGAGAGUCUCCACAGCCACCUUAUUUUGAAAUGGUUGAUACUUCAAAACCUGUUGAUGACUUACACCAGAGAGUCCCUGAAAUGGUACGCAAGGAUCAGUCAUGGGCUAUAAAGGUUGACACUGCUCUAUCUGUUAAGGAAUUCCAUCAGCGAGUUCCUGAAAUGGCACAUGAGUUUAGAUUUGAGUUGGAUUGGUUUCAGAGACAAGCUAUUGUACAUCUGGAAAACAAACAGAGUGUGUUUGUGGCAGCACAUACAUCAGCAGGGAAGACAGUUGUAGCAGAAUAUGCCAUAAGACUCUCACUUAAGCAUGGUACCAAAGCAAUUUACACCUCACCAAUAAAGGCUUUGUCCAACCAAAAGUACCAAGACUUCAAGAAAUCAUUUGGUAAAAAACACGUUGGUCUGCAGACAGGAGAUGUACAGAUAAAUAAAAAAAAAGCUUCCUGUGUCAUCAUGACAACUGAAAUUCUAAGGUCAAAGCUGUAUGAUCCUGAGGAGCUCCAUGGUCUGGAAUGGGUUAUUUUUGAUGAAGUCCAUUACUUCAAUGAUAAAUCGAGAGGAGUAGUUUGGGAGGAAGCUCUGAUCAUGCUGCCAAAAACAGUGAACCUAGUCCUUCUGAGUGCAACAUUCUCUAACAAAAUGGAAUUUGCUAAUUGGAUUGGAAAGAUCAAAAAGAAGUCAAUUUAUGUGAUUGCAACUGCAGAGCGACCUGUACCUCUACGGCAUUUCUUGUAUACUGGAACUGAGGAGAUAGCUGAAAACCAACUGUUCCAAACAGUGGAUGUGACUGGAGAUUUUAACAAUGAAGAAUAUGAAAGAGCAUUGAUGGCUGUAAAUGAAAAUUUAACCCCAAAACAAGCAUCAGAUGUAAAGGACAAAAAUUGGUACUUAUCAUUUGUCAAAAUGCUGCAUGGAAAAAACUAUUUACCAGCGAUUGUGUUCACAUUCACAAAGAAGAAAUGCAGUGAGAAUGCCAUGUUUUUGCAGUCUUGUGAUCUGACCACCCGUAAUGAGAAACAUCAAAUUGAAAAAUUUUUAAAAUCAUCAUUACAAAAAAUGCCAGAAUCAAGCCAGACAUUAUCGCAGAUCACUGAGUUGAAGGAGAUGCUGAAGAGGGGUAUAGGUUAUCACCACAGUGGAGUCUUACCUAGAAUGAAAGAGAUUGUAGAACAACUUUUUCAAAAGUGUUUUGUGAAGGUCCUAUUUGCCACAGAGACAUUUGCUAGUGGGGUUAAUAUGCCAGCAAAAACAGUGAUCUUUAACUCAAUUGAAAAGUAUGAUGGGGAGGAGGUACGCCCUCUGAAUCCUGGAGAAUACAUCCAGAUGGCUGGCAGAGCAGGUAGAAGAGGUAUAGAUGACUUUGGUUUAUCCAUCAUAGUAUGUAAAAGUGACAAGUCUGGAGACAAGCCACAGAUUUCAGUAUUGAGAAGUUUACAACAGGGGAAGCCUUGUCCUGUUGAGUCUCAGUUUCACCUCAAGGAUAAUAUGAUCUUGAAUUUAGCUAAAAGGGCUAAGCUUCAGGUUGAGGAUGUUCUGAGGCAGAGCUUUGCAGAGUAUAGCAGAGAUUCUACACAAAGAGAACUUCUAGAUUUGGAAAAGCAGUUAAAGAACGUGGAACCUGUACUCUGUGGUUUUUGCAAAAACGAUCUGAAAGAAUACUAUGCCGAAUGCAAGAGGAUUCAUUCCAUAAAAUCAGAUUUGAAGUAUAAUUGCAGACUUUAUUCACAACCAAGUGGUCAAGUUGUUGUGGUUUACUCUCCAAAACACAAUCAUUUUCUAGGGAUCAUCCUAUCAAAAGACUUAAAGAAGUUUAAAACUCUGGUUAUAUAUGAUAAGCUGUCUCCUAUGGGUAAACGCAAAAGCAAACUAAAAGUUCCAAUGGUCUCAAAUACAGAACUGUACCUUCCAAAGAAUCUCAGCAAAUCCUAUGAUGUUGUAGAGUUAGAAGCUGAUGAUUUUAAUGUAACAGGAAAAGCUGUAGAAGAUGCUGAGUCACUUGUUCAAUACAGCUCCUUAUCUAAAGAUGCUGUGAAAAAACUACAAGACUGUGUAAAAAAGGAAUUUCCGAACUUCAAGUUUCAAUGUCUUCAGUGCAAAAAUCUGCACAAGCAUUAUGAAAUGCAUGAAAAGCAGCAAGAAUUGAAGGAGAAAGUAGAAGAAGUGAAAAAAAAACUCUCUGAAAGAAGUUUGCUGCUGCUUCCUCAAUUUCAGCAAAGACAGGAGGUGUUGAAAAGUCUGAAUUACUUCAACGACAACAUGGAGAUUCAGCCGAAGGGAAUUGUAGCCUGCCAAUUCAGUCACAAUGAGGUCUUAUUGACUGAAAUUAUCUUUGAAAACAUUCUUGAUGACUUAGAGCCACAUGAGAUUGCUUCAGCUUUGUCCUGUAUGGUUUAUCAUGGAAAGGAACCUAGUGACAUAAUGAUUGAUAGAAAGGUUAAAAAGGUAAUGCAGGAUAUUAAAUCCAUUGCAAGAAAUCUAGGUGCUCAUAAGCAGAUAUAUGAUAAAGAUUUUGAUGUGAAAGAUUAUGUUGACCAAUUCAAACAAGGAUUUGCAGACGUAGUUUUUGAAUGGGCUAAAGGAAAAUCUUUUGAAGAUAUCAGAUGUUUAGCAGGGGAAAUUCCAGAUGGUGAGAUUGUUAAUACAAUGCAAAAGUUGAUUAGUAUCUUUCAAGAGAUACACAAUGCUUGUCGUGUGAUAUGCAAGGAUAUACAAUGUGAAACUGACAAAUCUGCAUUUGCAUAUAAGGUGAAAAGAGCAUCAGAUAUGAUAGAACGGGACAUAAUGGCUAUACCAAGCCUAUACUUACCCAGUGAUGAAGAACGUGUUGAUGAAGAUGGAGAUUCAGAUACAGAUACAGAUAAAUAAAUAAAUUAAAGUAAUAAUUGAUUACCCUUGAAGUAUUUUAUUUUUCUUAAACUUAUCAAAUAGUCUCUGAUUUGUUUAUUAUAUCAUUAUGUAAAGGAUGGAGUUCAUUGGUAUUAUUAUUUCCAUUGUUUAAUAAUAAAGUGCGGUCACUUUUUUGACAAAUUUGAUUAAGCAUAACAACUGAGGUCAUUGCUUGGGACUCUCUUGUCUGUGGAGUGCUGUUAUGUUUCUUACUUUAUGAUUACAUGUAAUUCAGCUGUGAGGCUGCGAUUUGUAUGAAGUUAAAAAUAAAAUAACCUUCCUUGCUGUCUGUCUCUACAUCAUUUGUACUUUAACUAUUUAGACAUAUAUGGCACUGAAAUUUUUAACAACACUAAAAGAAGCUAACUCUGAUGCAAUGUCUAACAUUGUUGGAGGGGAUACCUUGAGGCUUGACCAUUUGUAUUCUAUCAGUGAUAUAGUUACGGAUACAUUUAGGGAUAUAGAUGCAUAUUUUCUUCUAGUACAUUAUUUUCUAUAAUAAUGAAGGCCAUGUAAAUUCAGAACUGAAUUUUUUUAAAGUUAAAAUUGAUUUCCAGAACUAAUAAUCCAAUUAGCAAUAUGACUGUAGUAUUUAUAAGCUAUUGAUGGACUACCAAUAAUUUUUGGCAGACUACUGGUUGCAUAACACUGGCUUAGUGUUUUUGUAAACUAUCAAAUAGAAUUAAGCUUGAACAUUCAAUUACUACAAUAAUAAAUGGAUAAAUAUUUUUAAAAAACCACCUCAACAUAUAUGAUGUUGGUGUAUUGUAGUAUAAUACUAUAGAUUAUAUUUUUGUAGUAAAGUCAACUGAUAUUUUUAUCUAAAAUUGGUAUAGUACAGUAAAACAAUGUCGUAUUUUGGUGGUGUGAUUAUUUUAAUUAACUCCAAACAUCCGUAAAAAAAAUACUAAAACUAAAACGAAAAAAAAAAGUAUAUUGAGGUUUAGCAAACACAUAAAUUUGCCUAUUAUUAAGUCAGAAAUUCAGUUUGGACAUCCGACCCACUUACAAUGGGUUGGUCGCAACAAAUUUGUUUUUGACUGUACCAUGCCCACCUGUAAUCUAAAUAUAUUGCCAACCUCCUCUGCAUGGGCAUAGGUUAAUCAUGAAUAUGAUCUUUACCAUUUGAAUUUACCAUUAUUUAUCCUUUGAAAUAAGCUGGAAUUUUUUUAUUAUAGCUAAAAGAGGUAUGUGUGGCAAAGACAAGCCAAAUCAGUCAC